AUGGCCGACCGCUACAUCCCCGAGCACCGCCGCACCAACUUCAAGGCGAAGAGCAACUUCAAGCCUGAGGAACUCCGCCGCCGUCGUGAGGAGCAACAGGUCGAAAUUCGCAAGGCCAAGCGAGAGGAGAACCUUGCGAAGAGGAGAGGAAUCGCCACGGGCGAGAACAGGCCUGGCGCCUCGCUCGGCGCCGCUCCCGACAGUGACGAUGAUACCGCCCCCACCGAGUCACAGUUGAACGAGGACCUUCCUCAGAUGGUGGAGGGUGUCUUCUCCGAACAGAUUGACCUCCAGAUUCAGGCCACGACAAAGUUCCGAAAGCUGCUUUCGAAGGAGCGCAACCCCCCGAUCGAGGAGGUCAUCAAGACCGGCGUCGUCAGCCGCUUUGUGACCUUCCUCCGCUCUCCCCACACCCUGGUUCAGUUCGAGGCCGCUUGGGCUCUUACCAACAUUGCUUCCGGUUCCGCUACUCAGACCCAAGUCGUCAUUGAGGCCGGCGCCGUCCCCAUCUUCGUCGAGCUUCUUGGUAGCCCCGAGCCCGAUGUGCGCGAGCAGGCUGUCUGGGCUCUCGGCAACAUUGCCGGCGAUAGCCCCCACUGCCGUGACUAUGUUCUCAGCUGCGCCGCGCUCAAGCCUCUGCUGGCUCUCCUCGGUGACAGCCGCAAGCUCAGCAUGCUCCGCAACGCUACCUGGACUCUCAGCAACUUCUGCCGUGGCAAGACCCCCCAGCCCGACUGGGCCACCAUCGCUCCCGCGUUGCCCGUGCUGUCCAAGCUUGUCUACUCUCUCGAUGAUGAGGUCCUGAUCGACGCUUGCUGGGCCAUUUCUUACCUUUCCGAUGGAUCCAACGAUAAGAUUCAGGCUGUCAUCGAGGCUGGUAUCCCCCCGCCGCCUGGUCGAGCUCCUCAUGCAUGCCUCGACUUCGGUCCAGACGCCGGCUCUUCGCUCCGUUGGCAACAUUGUCACUGCUCCAACAAGGACGGCAUUCGCAAGGAGGCGUGCUGGACGAUCUCGAACGUCACGGCCGGCAACUCGGCGCAGAUUCAGUCUGUCAUUGACGCCAACAUCAUCCCCCCUCUUAUCCACCUCCUCUCCAACGGCGAUCUUAAGACCCGCAAGGAGGCGUGCUGGGCCAUCAGCAACGCUACGUCCGGUGGUCUCCAGAAGCCGGAGCAGAUCCGCUACCUCGUGGCCCAGGGCUGCAUCAAGCCCCUCUGCGACCUUCUCGCUUGCCCCGAUAACAAGAUCAUCCAGGUGGCGCUGGACGGCCUCGAGAACAUUCUCAAGGUUGGCGAUCUUGACAAGCAGGCUGCUGGCGAAGGCCCCGACUCUAUCAACCGCUACGCCCUGUUCAUCGAGGAGUGCGGUGGCAUGGAGAAGAUCCACGAAUGCCAGACCAACGCCAACGAGGAGAUCUACAUGAAGGCGUACAACAUUAUUGAGAAGUACUUUGCCGACGAGGAGGAGAACGCCGAUGAGGGUAUGGCUCAAGGCACCGGCCCCAACGGUACCUUUGGCUUCGGUGCCAACGCCCCUGCCCAGCAGGGUGGUUUCAGUUUUGCCAACGGUGGCGACUCCAUGGACAUGUAA